AUGGAUUUUGCUUCUCUAAUGGACAGCGCUAUCGCUGAAGCCGCGCCUCCGUCGAAAUCAAAAAAGUACAUGAAACGAUCAGAUGUUGAAGCAGAACGACAAGCCGCGUAUCUUGCCGAACAGCGUAAAAUCGAAGAGGAGAAAGCCGCGAAACAGAAGCAAAAGCGCAAACGGGAGGAGGAGGAAUUGGAAGCUAAUAAAGCUCGAGAGUUCAAGCGGGCGAAACUUGCGGAAGAGUCGAGGCGGCGGAGGGAAGAGCAGGAAGCCGAGGAGGAGAGGGCAAGGAGGAAGAGGUUAGGUUUGCCGGAGUUGAUCAAGGAGGUUGAGCAAGAAGUCGAGGAGGAUGAUGUUAAGGAAGAGGAAUUGGUGGAGAAGUUGAGGGAGAUGGGUCAACCUAUUAAGCUAUUUGGGGAGAGUCAUAAGCAGAGAGUGAGAAGAUUUAGAAAGUUAGGGACUGUUAUAACCACUGGAAUUAUUCCUACAUCGCUUGUAUUGGUCGAUGAGAAGGAUAUGAAAGUCAAUGAGUUACCGAAGGAUACAGAGGGCAAGAAGUUCUUAUUCAGGCAGUUGGCCUCAUACUUCACUAUGGUUUUGACGGAGUGGGAAUUUGCUUUGCAAAAAGAGUCGCGAGAUACUUUUACCAGUAAAGCAGCUUUUAAUGCUAUGGUACGGGCAAAGGAAGAUAUGGUACCUCUAUUCCGCAAAUUCGAAAAGGGAGACCUUGAUGAAGGCGUUCUCGAGCCAAUAGUAGAAAUUGUCAAAGCAGCCCAGGAGAGAAGAUAUGUCGACGCAAAUGAUGGCUAUUUACGAUUGAGCAUCGGCAAAGCAGCAUGGCCCAUUGGAGUCACUAUGGUUGGUAUCCACGAACGUAGUGCUCGAGAAAAGCUUCACGAAAGUGACAAAGGACAUGUGAUGGGAGACGAAGUCACACGAAAAUUCCUCCAAAGUAUCAAACGAUGUCUCAGCUUCGCACAAGUCAGAUGGCCGCCAGAAGAUAUCAGACAAUUGAUGGGUUGA